AUGACGUUAACUCGCCCUCACAGCCAGAAUAUCGAACUCAUAUUGCUAGUGCGUCGGCUACGCAAAAAACGGAAGCGGACCAUGUACAUACGAGAGCUUUUUGACAAGCGCCCUCAACUCGGCGACUACCACCAGCUGGUGCAGGAGCUCCGCCAAGUGGACCCUGAGUACCACUUUAAGUAUUUCAGAAUGACCAAGGCGAAGUUCGAUCACCUGUUGAGCUUAGUGUACGAGAGAAUACUGCAGGCGCCUAACCACAGGAGACCGAUACGCCCUGCGGAAAGGCUGGCAGUGACUUUAAGGUUUCUGGCAACAGGUGCCUCAAUGCAAGACAUCGCAAUGAGCUACUGUAUGCACGCUACAACGGUUGCUGGAAUUUUAAAAGAAACGCUAGCGGCGAUAUGGGACUGCCUAUCGCCGCUCGUCCUGAAGCCCCCAGCAGCUGCUGAUUGGGUCAAAAUUCGCCGGGCAUAUAGCUCAAAGUGGAAUUUUCCAAAUGUAGUCGGAAGCAUAGAUGGCAAGCACUUUGCAAUUCAGUGCCCUGAUAACAGCGGGUCAGAUUAUUUCAACUAUAAAGGCUUCUACUCCAUUGUUCUGCUUGCCGUGGCUGAUGCAGACUACCGGUUUACUCUUGUCGAAGUCGGGGCCCAAGGAAGGACUUCAGAUGGUGCUUUCUUUAAUGACAGCUCUAUUAGAGAAGUUUUUGAGCAUGGAAGUUUGGAGCUCCCUACAGCAGUCAAUGGGUGGCCAGUUUUUAUGGUAGGUGACGCAGCAUUUCCGUUGCGCACAUAUCUAAUGUGUCCGUACCCAGGAAGGCAGUUGGACGAAAGGAAAAUAAUUUUUAAUUAUCGUCUAUCAAGGGCGAGAAGGUGCGUGGAGAACGCAUUUGGAAUCCUUGUGUCGCGGUGGAGGGCUUUUCUAGGCACUGUCACGGGACAGCCUGAACUCCUCACUGACAUGGUGAAGGCAGCAGUGUGCUUGCACAACUUCUUGAUGGUAGAUUCGGCGUACUGUCCUGCAGGCUAUGGUGACACAGUGUGUGGCGAGGAAAUACAGGAUGGGUAUUGGAGGCAUGCCAUCACACCGGUUGGAGCGACUGCAGUGUCUAGCAGUAAUCGAUCUUCUCCUACAGCCAUGUCACUCAGAGAUGACAUUUCAAAUUACUUCUUGUCUGCAGCAGGCUCUGUGCCAUGGCAGGUUAAAGUGAUUAGGCGGAACUGA